AUGCCCCGGAUCCACAUAUUCGAGAACUGCGGGUGCUCUAGCGGCGACGGUUUUAUUAAAGCGCCUUCAUCAGGCAUGUGGCAGUGCACGCUCCCCUCAAAUGCCGAGCAGUCACCACGAGUAAUCGCAAAGAAGGGGAGAAAUGGAGGGCAUGAGAUUUUGGUGAAGCACACCGGGUUGACUGGUGCAUCAGGCAUCUGUCCGUUCGUUGUGGAAUCCUAUGAUUGCGGCCUAACAAACCCCCGAGGACCACAGCCUUGUGCUCAGCUCGUUCCUCGUUUCGUCAGCCCACAACGACUUCAACUGAUAUCUACCAGUAGUAGGUUUUUGUGCAGUUUCCUUUUAACUACAAAUGUGCGUUCCGCGGACGAAGUGGAUGUCAUAAGCUUUCAGUGUAUUUGUCCUGGAGCCCGUACCCCUUCUGGCACCGGCAUCGCCUUCGCUGCAGCGGCGGAGGCAACAUGGGUGGAUGUGGUAUCACUGCUCCGCGGAGAGCAAAUCAAAGGUCGCACAUCUUUUAAUGCCGCGCGGGUGUGGCGAUUGCAGUGGGGCGUGGUUGAAGCUGCCGAAGUCGAAGGUGUAAGCGAUUUGAGGGCUGGUUCCACGCUUGCUUGGCGCGUAGUUGAAGAACUACCCCUAAAGGGUCUCGUGGAGGACGCUGUAUCGCGUGGCGGAGGUACACUUCAAGUUGCCAUAGCAGGUGCACGGAGAAAGGAAGAAUGUAGAAAGACGGCCGCAGCAUCGCCGAGAGCGGAGUCUGGAAGUAACAAACGAGAGCCCGCGGCAAAAGCUGCUGAUGCGGACAUUCCACGGUUUACCCCUGCGGCUCACGUUAUUUCUGCCGACGCAGAGCCACCAACGUUGCAACCGAAGUUGAAACGCCAGCGGGAAGGGGAGUCCGAUCCCUCUUCUCCGAGGAACCUCACAGUUGAGUUUGCUCUUGCACAAGAAAUGGAUGCGAAGGGGGCGGUAGGGGAGCUGCGUGGAGGAAAGGGCACCGAUGGCACUAUGAGUGCGGGUUUGGUGGCACCACAGAGGUCAGGAAAGCGGAAACCGACAUACGCUGAAGUUUUAAUGAGGUCAGAGCAACCAACCGAUACGGCUCGUGUUGCGGGACCGAAGGUUCUUGUGCUCCGCGAGUGGAGGCAACGCCUUGGCGAACUAAGAGUUGAGGUCGGUUACGUAAACAAUGAAGAUGGUAUUUUAUCCCUUGCCAAAGGAUGGCUAAGAGAAACCGGCAAAGAGAGCGUCGGAAAGAGUGUGAAGAUGGUCACCACGCUCGUGUCCGCAAGUUUGAGGGAGCUGCUCUGCGGAGCACACUUGAAUGUGGCUGUGCAAUGUCGACUGUCGAGGUGCAAGAAGAGUGACGAGCUCGCAUCACUUCGGAAAUGUGUCGAUAUUGCGGUGGUCUUGGGAAAGGAGGUGGACAAGUUGCCCCAGGAUACUUCGGUGGGCUUACAGUUCUCGAAGUAUAUCCUCAAAUUACGCCUCCUGCGCCACCGGUGCUUUGCAACGGUACUAAUGGACAAGACCGUGAGCCGCCCAUUGUUUGUGGAGGCGCUGAGGUUAUGCAGACGGUUGCUGCGACUCCUCAAAGAAGAGAAUAUCGCUUCCACUAAUUCGAAUGUGUGUGAUAAGGACAGCGAUGCCUGUUCGAGGCAGAUCUCUUUAGGUGUUUAUACAGCUGCUCUAGCGGCCAUGGAGCUCUCUCUUUUUACUCCAGAGAAUAAUAAAGUGCAGAACGGCAUCACUCUUAUCGCAGGUGAGCUGUUUUUGUGGCUUUGUAAUAGCAAGUGUGAGGAGAGGGAUGUUCCUGCCUCUCUACUCGCGUGUUUGGAGUCCAUGGUAGAUGAAGGUAGCGGGUUGCAUCAGGGUGGUGCGCGGGUGUUGUCUGAACUUCUGUCGUCCCUUGAGAGUCCGACAGCCAUCUUAGCGUGCAGUGAGAGAUGUUCCAACACAGUGGAGUUGUGCUGUGGUGUUGUCCGAGACGUGGCCAAUAGCGCAGCUUUUGACCAGCAGUUCGCCCGCACAGGGGCACUCCUCAGGCGGGUUCGCACAUUGGGUGGUAAAACGAACGAGAAGAAUGGAUGA